CAGGAAGUUUGUGGAUUCAGGAGAAAUGAAACCUAUUUCCCUGCGACACGAGCCUCUGCUUAAGGAUCCACACUCUUCUAGUUUGGUUAAAGCUAAAGGAGGGAAUAUUUGACUUGUUAUUCUGUCAAAGCAGGCUACUCCUUCAGAAAUGUCUGAAUCUGCAGCGAGUCAGUAUGUGGAUCAGUUCAGCUGUCCAGUCUGUUUGGAUCCUCUGAAGGAGCCGGUGACGAUUCCCUGUGGACACAGUUACUGUAUGAGCUGUAUUACUGACUACUGGGGCCAGAAGGAGCAGGGGCCGCCAUACCGCUGUCCCCAAUGCAGAGAGAGCUUCAGUCAGAGACCUCUACUGAAGAAGAACACUCUGAUAGCUGAGAUGAUGGAGACGCUGCAGAAGACGUCCCUACAAACGGCUGCUGUGGAGUGUGAUGUUUGCACUACAGAGAAGAACAGAGCUGUAAAGUCCUGUCUGCAGUGCUUGGCCUCCUUCUGUCAAACUCACCUGCAGCUUCACUAUGAAUCUCCUGCGUUUAUGAAGCACAAACUAGUCGAAUCUUCCAGAAACAUUCAGGAGAACAUCUGCCUCAGUCAUGGGAGACUUCUGGAGAUUUACUGUCAGGAUGAUCAUCAAUGCAUUUGUUGUUUCUGUAUGAUUGACAAUCAUAAUGGACACAACGUGGUGUCUGUGGAUACAGAAUGGACUAGUAAAAAGAAAGAGUUAAAGGAGAUAAAGGUGGCGUGUCAGAAGCUGAUCCAGGAGCGAGAGAGAGGUCAGCGGGAACUCAGAGAAGCUGUGAAGUCUUUUAAAAGUUCAGCUCUAGAGACCAUGGAGGACAUUGAGAAGGUCUUCACUGAGCUCAUCUGCUCUCUUGAGAAGAAACGCUCUGAGAUUAAAGAGCAGAUCAGAGCUCAGGAGAAGACUGAGAUAGAUCGAGCAGAGGAACUUCACAAACAUCUGGAUCAAGAGCUGACAGAACUCAGAAAAAGACAAGCAGAGAUUGAGAAACUUCUGAUUACUGAUGAUCAGAUCCAGUGUCUGAAGAGUUGUCAGUCUGAGUGUGUUUUACCUUCAUUUGAAGAUGUUCCCAGCUUCACUCAACACACUCAUCUGUCUUUUAAAGACAUUUCAAUCUCAGCGUUUAAGGAGGUUUUGGAGGACGUCUGUCAACUGCAAACAGCCAAAAUGUCUCGAGAAGUGUCAAAUGUCUCUGUUGUAAAGCCUCCAGAACCAAAGACACAAAAUGAUUUUUUGCAGUAUUUCUGUGAACUUCACCUGGAUCUAAACACAGCACACAAAAACCUUGAACUGUCAGAAGAGAACAGGAAAAUAUCGGGUUCAGAUGAAGCUCAGCAAUAUCCUGAUCACCCAGAGAGAUUUGAUGAGUUUCCCUACAUCUUGUGUCGAGAGGGUUUGUACGGUCGCUGUUACUGGGAGGUCGAGUGCAGUGGGAAAAAUUGGGCUGUAGCAGUUUGUUACAAAGGAAUUGGACGUAAAGGAAACAGUGAAGACUGUGGACUUGGCUCCAACAAAAAAUCAUGGAGACUGGGCUAUUAUCAGCAUCAUUUCGGUUUCAUACAUGAUAAAAUAAAGGUCCGUAUCCCUGCUACCUCUAGAAUAGGAGUGUAUCUGGAUCACAGAGCAGGAACUCUGUCCUUCUACAGCGUCUCUGACACAAUGACUCUCCUUCACAGAGUCCAGACCACUUUCACUGAACCCUUAUACCCUGCUUUUCUAAAUGGACAAGGUUCAUCUGUCAGGAUCAUAGAGCAGAAAAAAAGAUCAAUUAUAAAACCAGAAUGUAUUCCAUAAAUUACUUGAACUAUUCACAAAUGGAAAAGGUCAGUGGUGUAUAUAUAUACAGUAGGCCUUCAGGGUAAAUUUCCACCACUUUUUGAUAUAAUAAUCUGAAAAUUAUCAAUUUUUUGUCAGAUAAGACUGAUUUGUAGAUUUGUUUUAUGUUUGAUAUUAAAGAUAUGUAUAUCUUUAUAGGGAAUUUGUAGACAACGUAAUUAAUGUAGAUUUGAAUGGAGGUUGUUUUUUUUUUGAAGUGAAAUAUAUUGUGAGACUCUUGAGGUCAGAAGUCUCCAUAGGAAUUGGUGCAGAAAACCCGUCAGUGGCAUAAUGUUGCUUUUAUUAUUUAAUUUUAGAAAUUAUUAUAAUUCAUGGAAUCAUCAUUUAAUAAUUAAAUUAAUUAGAUUCACAUUCAGACAUUAGGCCAAUUAGGUUAAGGCAUUUUAAUCGAAAUUCAUGGUUUAUUACCAGUGAUGGGAAUAACGGCAUUAUAAAUAAACAGCGCUACUAACGGCGUUACUUUUUUCAGUAACGCGUAAUCAAACAAAUUACUUUUUACCCAGUUACAACGCUGUUACCGUUACUGACAAUAAAAUGCGGCUCUAUUAUAAUUGAGCUCACUGAAGCGUUUUCAUCCGAGUAGACUCUCUCUUAAACUGAUAAGAACUUUUACGAUCUAAUCCUAUAUAUUCUAUAUAUAACCACUUGAGAAAUGUAUAAAUGUGUAUCCAAUUUUCCCCUCUCAUGACUUUCCUUUUAUAAGCUUUAUUCUAUAUAUUAAUUCUCUGUUUUGAACUAUUUUGGUAUUAAUGUUUCAAAGUUGCAAAUUUAUGGUUAACCAAAAUCACAUGAGUAGCAUGUUUGGUAUCGAUGGACGCCAACUUUCGUUUCCCAUUUGUUAAUUGAUGUUACUUGUUUCUAACUCUGUGACACAAGUGUUAAUAACUUUCUUGUCAUAAUUGGAUUCAUUUUAAAGUUAUUGCUUGAGGAUUUAAGCUUCAAUUGAGAAUGUUUAGAGGUUGUUUAAUAUUUCCGGUACGUGUCUGAUAAUCGUUUGAUAAAAUGUAUUGUGGCAAAAAAUGAUAA